AUGUCUGAACCGGGUUCAGACGACGAAGCAGCCGCAAUGGCUGCGGCAAUGGGGUUCUCGUCGUUCGGCGCAAGCAAGCAACCACACAAAAAACGCAAGUUCAACGCCGCGACAGAUGCAUUCGUAGACGGACAGGAGUUGCAGAAGAUAGAUCGCGGAGGAAAGAAGGGGAAAGGCAGCGGUGGAAAUGAUAUCCCAUUAGGGAAGAGCAGAGUUCUGGGGCAGAAGCCCGCAUUUGUCCCACUAAGGAGUAAUGAUGCGGAAAUACUGCUCGACGACGACGAGGAGGAGGAACAAGGUGGCGGCGUUUAUCUAGGCUCUAGGCCUGAUCAGGAUAUUCCGGUCGAGGGAAGGGAGAUUGAGCUUGAGGAUGAUGAGGAUGGGCCGCGGUAUUUGGAUACUUCACAGCCUGCGCCGGUGGAGGUACAGAUACAAUCGAGCGAAAACAAGGAGGCACAAACACAGAUUGACGCAAUACUGGAUUCAAUACAGCCUCCGCCUUCAAAUACUAUAUCAUUGCCACCAGAGCUACCGUCUUUUCCACCUCCAGCUUCACUUCCGCCCGGUGUUGCGUCACCCCACAUCUCGAAUCUUCCACAGAGACCUCCGCCUGGUUAUAAUGAUUUUGGUCGAGGAGGCUUUGUGGGGAAUAGAGGGGGUCGUGGGGGUGGUAAUCAUGGAGGGCAGAGGAAUCCAACGUGGUAUAUUGAUUAUUAUGAUCCUACUUUCAAUGAGAACCCGUGGGCGGAUUUAGAAGAGAAGCAUGGGCUUAAAAGCAUAGGGACUUGGCUGGAAAAGGGACAUUGGCAGAAGGGGAGAGGCGGCCAUUGA